CGCGCAAGCCGACGAAAUCUCGAAGCAUCUGGCAGAAUCCAAACAACAAUCACCGUGGUGAUUUGAUUUUCUCGUUUUUUGAUGCAAAAACUGUGAAUAAAGCUCAAGUUUAGUGUAAAUUUCAACCAGCAUCAGCUCCUCAACAUGUCCACAGACGAAGGAAAGUUCGACCAGGUGUUGUUCACCCUGGCAGAGCAACAUCCGGGCGGUGUUCCAGACCUCCUCGCAACAAUCGCCGGGUUCCUAAACCGAAAGACAGACUUCUUUACCGGAGGGGACAAGGGCGACUGGGAAAAGCUAGUGCUGAAGAUUUUCCGAAAGGAAGCGGAGAUUGCCCAGGAAGUGGCCCGUAAGAAGCGCGAAGAACGGGAAGCAGCCGAACGCCGACGGGCGGAGGCUCGCAGGAAGAAGGAAGAGGAAGAACGGCUUCAGCAGGAACAACAGUCAGCAGCCAUCACGGAGCUCACCGAUGCCGAGGCAGAGAAAAUGCAGCAGGAAAUCGCUGCCGAAAAGAGCAACGAAUCUAAACCGGAAACUGCGGCCACACCAGACGCAGAGGAGAAAAAGGACGAUGAUGAGGAACCAGAAGACAAGGGGAAACUGAAACCCAAUCAAGGAAAUGGGUGCGAUCUGGAGAAGUACUCCUGGACUCAGACGCUUCAGGAGCUGGAACUCCGCGUGCCGUUCGAUGUCAAGUUCACACUUAAAGCCAAGGACGUAGUAGUAAACAUCCAACGCAAGUCGCUCAAGGUUGGUCUGAAGGGCCACCCGCCGGUCAUCGAUGGUGAAUUGCACGCAGAAGUCAAAAUGGAAGAAUCCCUGUGGCACCUGGAUAAAAACACCGUUGUGGUCACACUGGACAAGAUCAAUCAGAUGAACUGGUGGAACAGGCUGGUGGAGACCGAUCCACAGAUCAACACGCGUAAGAUCAACCCGGAAUCGUCCAAGCUGUCCGAUUUGGAUGGACAGACGCGGGGCAUGGUCGAGAAGAUGAUGUUCGAUCAACGGCAGAAGGAGAUGGGACUGCCAACCAGUGAUGAACAGAAGAAGCAGGACGUGCUGAAAAAGUUCAUGGAACAGCAUCCGGAAAUGGACUUCUCCAAAUGUAAGUUUACUUAGGCUUAAUUCUACGGAUUCAGAUUUGUACAGAAACAAACGUGUUAGAUUAUCUUUCACUUGAAGAGGGAGGAUUUGUACGCUUCAAAUGAUUUUCAUUAAGGUAUUUUAACCAACAAUUCUUAUUUGAAUACAUUAUUGCAUUCUAACGAUUCGAGGAUAUAUUCAAAUACAAUUUCAACAACAUA